AUGCGCGCCCACGAGCGGCGCCCUUCGCUCCUCUGCGACGGCUAUACUGUGCCAAUGGCCCCAGCUGUCGUCAGCAAACGAGCGCCGCCCAUUGGCUGCCUGUCUCAUGGAAACGACGCCAAGAAGAUCGCCUGCCGCGCCCCUUUGGGUGGGCGGCUGAGCACCAAAAUAGGGAGGGCCCCACCGCCCGCGGACAAGGGCCAACCACGGGCGGGAGAGCUGGGGGUGCUGGGGUGA